GUUUACUGGCUGAGUAGCUGUCACUUUCACGGUGUUUAUUACUAAUCGUGUGUAAAGUUUAAAUUUACUUUUCGCAUAUAUCUGUGAUCGCACGUCAUAUCAUACGCGAUAUUAUACAAUAUUUUCACGUGUAUAACAGCGUGAUACAUGUGUGUAUAACAUGUCAGAUCUUGUAGAGAAUCAAAUUCAAUCGUUGCUUGCCGGACAAGCGUUGGAAAACGAUGACAUAUGUAAUAUGCAUACUCUCACGAGCGAUUUGACAGAUGAGAAAUCAGGUCAACUAGCAACACACAUUCCGAUCUGCCUGAAGACAGUGACGUACAUAGUCGCCGCUGUUGUUAUAAAUGACCAAGGUGAGGUGUUGAUGAUACAAGAGGCGAAAGCUUCUUGUAAUGGAAAAUGGUACCUGCCGGCUGGUAGAGUGGAAAAGAACGAGAAUCUCGUGAGCGCGGUCAAGAGGGAAGUCCUAGAGGAAACGGGUCUAAUAAUCGCGCCAACGACUCUCAUACUGGUAGAAUGCGCAAACGGCACAUGGUUUCGCUUUGUUUUCACUGGGGACAUAGUCGGUGGUACAUUGAAGACGCCUGAUCAGGCAAACGAUGAAUCACUGCAAGCAUGUUGGGUACGAAACAUAAAUGAUUUACCUUUAAGGUCUAAUGAUAUUAUUUAUCUUCUGGAUAGAGGCAAAAGUUAUAUGUCAAAUAAGAAUGUUUCUCAACAUCCUCACUUGAUGCCUGUGACCAAAUCGCAUGCCAAACUGUCACUGAGAUUAGUAGUCACAUCUAAGAAAAAGGCAACGAACAGAUUACAUGUACUUAUAUCUGAUACUGAACAACAUAAUCCACCAAUUUGUGAACUUAAUCCAAAUCGUAGUUUAUUGUCUAGUCUGCAUAGUUUUAUGACAGAAAUAUUUGGAGAUGAUGUAGCACAACACAAACCACAUGGUUUAUUGUCUAUAGAAUUUAGUGGUGGACAAGGAGGAGAUGGUCUGUGUCUAACAUUAUUAGUAUCCUUUAAAUUGCCAUUGGAAGAUGUACCUAUAAUUGGGAAAUACAUUUGGCAUGAACUUUCUGAAAACGUGGCAGAAACUCUUGCAGCUCGUCUGCCACGGAACAUGACCGUCCCUUUAAAAGUUGUACGUUAAUACAUGAAUAUUUUAUUAAACAAUUGUUUACGAAAAAGUGAACGGUAUACAAGAGAGCUCAAA